AUGGAGGAGAGAGAAAUAAGAUUAUUAUUACAAUCGAAGAACGGUUGUCGCGUGCCGAAAAUGAUGCCUAUUCCCGAUAUACAUCAAAUGGACAAGUUACCCUUCACACCUACGCCACCGUACAAUAGACUAAAGGACAAACAAGCAAAAUUUCGAAAAAUACUUGAAGAAAACGCAACACGAAGAAAAGUAAAGAUUGCUCGAACUCCUUUGGAAAGGUGCGAGCGUGAUAAUUUAGAAAUAGCACAAUCACGACAUAUUGAAGUGCUACGAGAAUGUGCCCACAAUAUACAGCCGCCACCUAUGUUAAGAGAAUGGGAACAAAAAAUAUGCGAUUUAGUCCCAGCUUCGCUUCGUAAUGCUUUUCCUCUUGUCAUGGAAGAAUUAAUGAAUGAGAGUAAACAGCAAUGGGACAAGGAUCUGCAUAAACUGGCAGUCAAGACCAUCAUCAGAGAUGAACCAGGUAAAUCCAGAAUUAGGUAUCAAGAAUCCAAUUUUAAAUAUAAAGGGGUCACGAAAAAUUUUGCUAAAUUGGUUAAGUUUCGUAAGAAGCUUCAAGAGGGGUCGCUUUUAUUACAUCCUUUUAUAAGACUAAUUCUGGAGUCUUCUGAGAAAAUGUAUCCAGUGCGUAUAAUCGAUUUGGCUAAGUAUAGAGCCCAAGGGUCAUUCACUUUAAAUGACUUUAAGUCAAAGAUCUUUGAUGAUAUAAAACGUGCCGAUUAUUUAGUCUCUAGCACAUGGUACGGCGUCCUAAUCCAGUGGUUGAAAAAUCCGCGUUGCUUAAGAGGCAUGCGCCCUAACAGGAUACCAAAAUUCGUCAUAUGUGCUACUAAAAUGAUAUCGAUGACAAUUCAGGAAUUAAUGCGUAGGUCUAUUUAUGAUAUUAUAGAAGCCCUUAAGGAUCCUGAGUCUAUCCCUAUUUUGAAUCUUGAUUUAGAUUUUCAAGACGGAGAAUUCAUUUACGACCCAUCACUUGAAACAGUUUAUGAAGCAUUUCAUAACAUUGCCGAUGCGAUUUCGAAUAUUUCUCAAAGACUUAUGCCGAUAGAACAAUAUCUUAGAUUACCUUAUAAUUAUGAUGCAUUACCAGUUCAUUACAACACUUGGUUAAAUAAAGAUGGUCAUGAAAAAUUACAAAAUCAACUGUAUAUAGUGUUUGAACCAUUACGAAAUUAUUUAGAAAACUUACGCCAAAAAUACAGCAUGCUGUAUGGAGAUAUUGCAAAGGAAAAUCUUUACAGGUUUAUUCAAGAAACUGAAGAAUUUGAGAUUUCGCUAGAAAAAAUACACUACUUCCAAGACAUUGAUUCACAGAUAACUGGUAUUUUAGAAAAUGAAUAUUUUAACUGUGCAGUUGUCUGUCAAUUAAGAAUGGUUGAUGGUCUGAAGAGUAAAGCUGCAGAGUUUAUAAACGACAUAAUAGCUGGCAUAGUAAAAUCACACAUGGCUGAAAAUGAUAGUAUCUGUAGCGAGUUCGAAGAAAUUACGGAGAAAGCUCUCAAGCAGCCACAAAAUGCUGAAGAAUUAAUAGAACAAGGUGUUUAUAUGUUGCAUGCCAAAACUGUGUUAGUUGAAGGCUUGAAGGCAAGAAUUUUAGUACAACUUAAUAUUAUCACUAAUCUUCUUCAAAUGACUUCACUUACAAAAGAACACCUGGCAUCAAAUACUAGAACUGUUAAUUGGCUUACAGAUAUAAAACCAAUAUUUGAAAAGAACGCUUCAGCAUACGAAACAUUUAAAGGCGAAAUGGAAGAUCAUUUGCAAGCUCAAGUUGCACGUCUGAACAAUGAAGUAACGGGAAUGCAACCUUACUUAGAAAUGUUAGAUCACAUGGACGACGUUGACCAUACGCUCGAAUACUUAGAGUAUUUAAGAAAGUUCGUUCACCGAUUACAUGAAUGCGAUAAACUGGUUAUAUGGAUCAAUAAAGAAGAAAAAACCUUUAAAUUGGCUGUCUCUUCCUAUCCAGAGUUAGACGAAUUAAAAGAUUAUGUUUUACCUUUUCACAGUCUGGUUCACCUGGUCCAUACAUGGAAGCGGAGUUACUACACAUGGAUGGAUGGACCAUUUGAAUACUUGGAUCAUAUCCAGAUAGAACAAGAUCACGAUUUUUAUUACAAAGAAUUUCUAAAACAAUUAAAAAACUAUAGGCUUAAGAUUAAACAACAAAUUGCUGAAGGUUUAGAUAGGAGAUUCCAAGGACUAGUCGAUGACGCAGAUGUAAAUAAUCUUCCAUCACCAAUGAAGUUAUGCGCUCAGGCUAUUGCUGAAUUAAAAGAUUGGAGACCUAAUGUACAAAUGGCUCACAUAAUGUGUAAUCCUGCAUUGGUACAAAGGCACUGGGAUGAAAUGUCGCUCAUUGCUGGUUUUGAUUUAACUCCAACAGCUGGAACUACUCUCAGAAAAAUUAUAGAUUUUGAUCUUUGGGGUGAAAUUGACCAAUAUGAAAUUGUGAGUGUAGCUGCUACAAAAGAACUGGCUCUAAUAACAGGUCUCAACAAAAUGAUAGCCGAAUGGACUGAUAUAUGUUUCAAAACAAGCCCAUAUAAGGAUACAGGAAUACAAAUACUUUCCGGAUUAGAUGAUAUACAAAGUGUUUUAGAUGACCACAUAGUUAAAACGAUCGGAAUGAGAGGAUCUGCAUUCGUUAAGCCAUUUGAAUCACAAGUAAGAGCAUGGUAUGAAAAAAUUAUAAGAACUAACGCUACAAUAGACGAAUGGGGUAAAGUGCAAAGUCAGUGGCUGUAUCUAUUACCUAUUUUUUCAUCUAAAGACAUUGUGGCGCAAAUGCCCGAAGAAGGAGUAAUGUUUGUAGAAGUUAAUAAUAUAUAUCGUAGAUAUAUGGGAUGUGUAGAUAAAGAUCCACACGCACUUGAACUCGCUGGAGGUGUUGGAGUAUUAGAACAGUUCAAAAUAGCAUCAGGGUUUCUUGAAAAAAUUAAUGAAGGCGUAAAUAACUAUUUGGAAAAGAAGAGACUUUAUUUUCCGCGUUUUUUCUUUUUGUCUAAUGAUGAAAUGUUAGAAAUUCUAUCUGAAACUAAAAAUCCUUAUAAAGUUCAACCACAUUUAAAAAAAUGUUUCGAGGGCAUUAACAAAUUAGUUUUGGAUGAAGAGUUUUUUAUAUCAGCUAUGAUAUCUAUGGAAGGAGAACAAGUUGAAUUUCUGGAAAUGAUUAGUGUCCAAGCAGCAAGAGGUUCUGUGGAGAAAUGGCUAGUGCAAGUAGAAGAACAAAUGUUAAAGGCGGUUAAAUCAGAAACUGAAUUAUCUUAUUAUGACUACCAAAACUUGACAAGACCUGAAUGGAUACUAUCCUGGGAAGGUAUGGUUGUUCUAGCCAUAUCACAAAUAUACUGGGCUGUAGAUGUUCACGAUGCUUUAAAUACUCAUAAGGUGAGUGAAUUAAAAGCAUUUAGCAAUUCGUUAAACAAACAACUAAAUGAAACGGUUGCUAUUAUUCGGCGCACAGAUAUAAGUAAAUUGAGCAGUAUAACAGUGAAAGCUCUUAUUGUAAUUGAUGUGCACGCAAAAGAUGUAAUUGCCGAUUUAGUUGAAAAAGAAGUAAACGAGGUUACGGACUUUCAAUGGCUUGCACAACUUCGAUACUAUUGGGAGGACGACAAAGUGGAUGUGAAAAUUAUAAAUGCGGUUGUGCCCUAUGCGUAUGAAUACCUCGGGAAUUCUGACCGUUUGGUAAUUACACCGUUAACAGAUAGAUGUUACCGAACACUCGUAGGUGCUUAUUAUCUUCACUUAAAUGGUGCUCCAGAGGGACCCGCAGGAACCGGUAAAACUGAAACAACUAAAGAUUUAGCUAAGGCACUUGCCGUUCAGUGUGUUGUAUUUAAUUGUUCAGAUGGACUAGAUUAUAAAGCCAUGGGUAAAUUUUUUAAAGGGUUGGCUUCGUGUGGAGCCUGGGUGUGUUUUGACGAAUUUAACAGGAUUGACGUUGAAGUACUGUCUGUAAUAGCACAGCAAAUUCUCUGCAUCGUUCAAGCCGUGCGUCAGAAAUUGGAAACGUUUUUAUUUGAGGGCACUACUUUAACUUUAAAUCCUGCUUGUUAUGUUUGUAUAACUAUGAAUCCCGGUUAUGCAGGCCGUUCCGAGUUACCUGAUAAUUUGAAAGUACUCUUUAGGACAGUCGCUAUGAUGGUUCCAGAUUACGCAAUGAUUGGAGAAAUUUCCCUGUACUCUUUUGGUUUUAUCGAUGCUCGAAGCUUGUCUGUUAAAAUUGUUACAACAUAUCGAUUAUGUUCAGAACAACUUUCGUCACAAAAUCACUACGACUAUGGAAUGCGUGCUGUGAAAACAGUUUUAUCAGCAGCUGGCAAUUUGAAACGAGAUUAUCCGAAUGAAAGUGAGAGUAUCCUACUACUUCGAUCUAUUACUGACGUAAACUUACCAAAGUUUUUAUCAUUUGACGUACCCCUAUUUGAGGGUAUUAUAUCGGACUUGUUUCCUGGAAUUAGUUUACCGAAGCCGGACUACGAAAAUUUUCUAAAUGCUUGCAUCGAUAGUUGUAAAAUAGAUAAUCUACAGCCUAUGGAAAGUUUCUUAAUAAAGAUUACACAAACUUAUGAAAUGAUGAUUGUCAGACAUGGGUUCAUGCUAGUGGGGGAUCCUUUUUCGGGCAAGUCAAUGACAUUGAAAACUUUAUCUCAGGCUCUUACUCUUAUGUAUGAAAGAAAACAACCAAAUGGGUCGGAAUGCACAUAUAAGGUAUUAAAUCCAAAGGCAGUUACUAUGGGUCAAUUGUACGGCGCAUUUGAUCCUAUAUCUUACGAAUGGACUGAUGGAAUAGUAGCGACCAUGUUUCGUGAUUUUGCAGCAGAAGAUACCCCUGUUAGAAAAUGGAUUGUGUUUGAUGGUCCAGUAGACGCUGUAUGGAUUGAAAAUAUGAACACUGUAUUAGAUGACAACAAAAAACUAUGUUUAACAUCUGGAGAAGUUAUUUCUAUGUCCAAUGUAAUGUCCAUGAUAUUUGAAGUCAUGGAUUUAACGCAAGCGUCCCCUGCCACAGUCUCUAGAUGUGGAAUGAUAUACAUGGAAUCAGCUACACUCGGUUUUAUGCCUUUUUAUAAAUCUUGGUUGAACACUCUUAAUCCUAUUUGGUUACAAGACAAUGAAGAAUACAUUUUCAAUAUGUGUGAGUGGCUAUUUGACCCACUAGUAUAUUUCGUACGAAAACAAUGCAUACAACUGGUGACAGCCGGAGAAGUAAAUUUAGUUAUCAGCACGCUUCGACUUGUAGUUAUGUUAAUGGACGAUGCGGUAGAAGGUGAAGAGGAUACAAGAUAUACAAGGACUUGGUUUUUAGCGGCAUUUAUGACUGCAUUAGUUUGGGGUGUAGGUGGAAUAUUAAAUUCCUAUUCCCGAGAUCAAUUUGAUGUUUUGUUAAAAGAUUACCUGAAAGGUGACUACGGUAUACCCGAUGCUAUCGAUCGAAUUGACGUAUCUAUUCCAAGUGAAGGUAUGAUAAUUGAUCAUUAUUACGUAUUCAAAGGGAAAGGUUUUUGGAAAGGCUAUGUGGAAGCGGUCAAAGCAAGUCAGGUGCUUGAGAAGAUUAACCUACUUCAAACUGUUAUUCCGACUAUGGAAACAGAAAAAUAUAUUGCACUAUUAGCUUUGCACACAAAAUUCCGUAUGCCUCUACUCCUCAUUGGACCAACUGGAACGGGAAAAAGCUUUUACAUUCAAAACUUCCUUAUGAAUUCUAUUAGUAUUGAAAAAUAUACACCUGGUUUCCUGACGUUUACUACAACGACCUCUUGUAAUCAAACACAAGACUUAGUUCUUUCAAAACUGGUAAAGAGAAGAAAGGGUAUUUAUGGGCCUACUAGGGGUAAACAGGCUAUAAUAUUUAUUGAUGACAUGAACAUGCCUGCGAAAGAAGUUUAUGGUGCCCAACCAGCGAUAGAAUUGUUGAGAUUAUAUUUUGAUCAAAAACAUUGGUAUGAUUUAAAAACAACUGAAAAAUUAUAUAUUUUAGACACAUUCUUCUAUGGAGCUAUAGGCCCAGUUGGUGGCAGCCGACAACUGAUAUAUCCCAGAAUGUUGAGACAUUACAAUAUUUACUCCAUCAAUGAAUUUUCAAAAGAGAGUAUGACUAAGAUAUUUACAUCCUUAUUACAAUUAGGCUGGCGAAGAAAUGGAUUCGGUCAAGAUGCUUAUGUCUAUACAGUUAAUAUCAUAGCCGCUACAAUGGAUAUUUAUGAUCAAGCAGCUGCUGGCUUGAGACCGACUCCAGCAAAAUCACAUUAUAUAUUUAAUUUAAGAGAUUUUUCGAGGGUAAUUCAAGGCUGUGCUCUGCUAAGAAAAGAAUCUGCAGAAAACAAAAAAACAUUCAUUAGAGUCUGGGUGCAUGAAAUUAUGCGUGUAUUUUAUGAUCGACUUGUGGAUACAGAUGAUCGAACAUGGUUUUAUAAUAUCCUAAAAAAGUCUACUAGAGAUUUCAUGAAGGAUUCAUUUGACAAUGCACUGGAUACUUACCAAAAUGAAAAUGAAGAAGUUACACAAGAAACUAUUAAGAGUAUGAUGUUCGGUUGUUAUUUAGACACAGACAGUGCCGAAGGUGAAAGACGUUACGAAGAAAUGCCGUCUAGAGAAGUUGUACUAAAUGUCGCUAAUGCUAUGCUUGCUGAAUACAAUACGAUGCAUAAAUCAAAAAUGAAUAUAGUAUUAUUUGAUUAUGCAUUAGAACAUUUAUCGAAAAUUUGCAGACUGCUUUCUAUGCCUUCAGGAAAUGCCCUUUUAGUCGGAGUAGGAGGAUCGGGUCGUCAAUCACUUACACGGUUGGCUAGCACUAUGUUAGGUCAAAAUAUUAUACAACCUGAAAUAACAAAAAAUUAUAGCAAUAAAGAUUGGCAAGAGGAUUUAAAAAAAGUACUUCGUGAAUCUGGUGGUCUCAAUAAAGACACGACUUUCUUAUUUACUGAGAAUCAAAUAAAGGAAGAACUAUUUAUACAAAAUUUAGACAGCCUUCUCAAUUCUGGCGAAGUCCCUAGUCUUUACGGGUUAGAUGAACAGCAAGAAAUUAUUGAACUAGUGCGUUUGGCAGCGCAAGGUGGUAAUCGAAAUCUUGAUAUUAAUCCAUUGCAAAUAUUAUCAUUCUUUGUAGGUCGCUGUAAAGCAAAGUUGCAUGUCGUGCUAUGCUUUAGCCCCAUAGGGAGCUCUUUUCGAACAAGGCUGAGGCUUUACCCGUCUUUAGUGAAUUGCUGCACUAUUGAUUGGUAUGACAGUUGGCCUGAAGAUGCAUUAGAAAUGGUAGCACACUACUACAUGUACAAGGUUAAUGUACCCGACAAAGUCAAGGCGUGUGCUGUUGUUAUUUGUAAACAAUUUCACGUAGAUGCUCGUAUAGUCUCACUUGAUUUCUUUAAUAAUUAUGGAAGAAAAACAUAUAUUACAUCUGCAUCUUACUUAGAUUUAAUUAAGUCAUUUACAACAUUGACCAAUAAAAAACAAAGAGAAUUAAGAGCAGCUAAACUUAGAUAUACCAAUGGCUUAGAUAAGCUCGGUCAAGCUGCUGAGGCUGUUACUAUUAUGCAGAGGGACUUAAAUGCCUUGAAACCUCAGUUAAUGGUUAUGGCCGCAAAGUCAGUAAAAAUGAUGGAGGAGAUAGCAACUGAAACUGCUAUUGCCGAUAAAGCAGCAGCUCAAGUAAGAGAAGAUCAAAAAGUCGCAAAUGUCCAAGCAGCAGCUGCUCAGGAACUUAAAAGAGAUUGUGAAGCAGAUUUAGCCCUUGCUUUACCGAUUCUAGAAGAUGCUAUUGCUGCUUUAAAUACUUUGAAACCCGCUGACAUAACGAUAGUAAAAUCUAUGAAAAACCCCCCAUAUACAGUAAAACUAGUUAUGGCGGCGGUAUGUGUAAUUAAAGGUAUUCCUCCUGAUAAAAUUCCCGAUCCUGAUAAUCCUGGGAAAAAAAUGUUUGAUUAUUGGGGGCCAAGUAAAAGAAUUUUAGGAGACAUGAGUUUCUUAGAGUCUUUGAAAAACUUUGACAAAGAUAACAUACCUAUUCCAGUUAUGCAAAAAAUUAGAAAGGAAUACCUUUCUAAUAAAGACUUUAAACCCCAUAUUGUUGCAAAAGCUUCGACUGCAGCUGAAGGUUUGUGUAAGUGGAUAAUUGCAAUGGAUAUGUAUGAUGCAGUUGCAAAGGUGGUUGCACCAAAAAAAGCAAAAUUAGAUGCGGCUGAAAGAGAAUUCGCCCAAACAAUGGCUAUCUUAGAAGAAAAAAAGGCGACUGUGGCUAAAUUAGAAGCCAAACUUGCAGAACUUAACGAGGCAUUGGAAGAAGCGAACAUAAAAAAGAAAGUUCUUGAAGAUGAAGUGCAGUUAUGUAUUGACAAAUUAAAUCGAGCCGAAAAGUUGAUAGGUGGCUUGGGUGGUGAAAAAAUACGUUGGACACAAGCAGCUGCAAACUUACAAACACUUUUUGAUAAUUUAGCUGGUGAUAUUCUGGUAUCAUGUGGCAUUAUGGCUUAUUUAGCUCCUUAUACGUUACCUAUUAGAACGAAAAUGAUUGACAAAUGGCGAGACCAAGUAAUCAAACUAGACAUGCCACAUUCGGAACAAUUUGUUUUUAAAGAUAUUCUUGGCACUGACAUAAAAAUUCAAAAUUGGUGUAUUGCUGGAUUACCCAGGGACUCUUUUUCUAUAGAUAAUGGAGUCAUACAAGAUAAUUCAAUGAGGUGGUCUUUACUUAUUGAUCCUCAAGGACAAGCUAAUAAAUGGAUCAAAACAAUGGAAAAAUCAAAUGACUUACAAGUGAUGAAGUUCACAGAUGGCAAUUACAUGAAAGUUAUUGAAACAUGUUUGGAAUAUGGCAAACCAGCUUUGAUAGAUUGUAUUCUUGAAGAUGUGGAAGCGCCACUGGAUCCAGUCCUUUUGAAGAACACCUAUUUGCAAGGUGGUAAAGAAUUUAUUGCUAUAGGGGACAACGUUAUAGAAUAUCAUCCUAAUUUUAGGCUUUAUAUGACUACUAAAUUACGUAAUCCCCAUUACUUACCAGAAGUUUUUAAUAAAGUAACAUUAAUUAACUUUGCACUAACCAAAGAUGGAUUGGAAGACCAACUAUUAGGGAUAGUUGUAGCAAAAGAAAGGCCCGAUUUGCAGGAAAAACGAGAAAAAUUAAUAGUACAAGGUGCCGCCAAUCGAGCUGCACUUAAGCAAGUUGAGGAUGACAUUUUACGCACUUUACAAGAAUCUAAGGGUGAUAUUUUAGAAGAUGAAAGUGCUAUAGAAGUCUUAGACUCCUCGAAAUUAUUAGCUAUUGAUAUUAUGAAGAAACAAGAAGCUAGUUUAGAAACGGAAAUAGUAAUAGAGAAGUUUCGUCUUGGCUAUAGACCCAUAGCUUCUCAUUCUGCUGUAUUAUAUUACUGUGUCACUGAAUUACCCAAUGUUGACCCUAUGUAUCAAUAUUCCUUGGCAUGGUUUAUCAAUCUAUAUAUAUUAUCAAUCGAAAAUGCCAACAAAUCAAAAGAUUUAGAUAAGAGAUUAAAGUUCCUUAAAGAUACAUUUACUUACAAUUUGUACAGUAAUGUUUGUAGAUCGCUGUUUGACAAGGAUAAACUUAUGUUUUCUUUUAUAAUGUGCUCUAAAAUGAUGUUAUCCGUAGAUGAAAUGGAACCAGAAGAACAUUUGUUUCUAAUUACUGGAGGUAUAGCUGUCGAAAAUCCUCUAAAAAAGCCGGUCGAAUGGCUCCCUGACAAAAGUUGGGACGAACUUUGUCGUAUUAAUGAUUUACCAACGUUUGAUGGUUUCAAAAAUGAUUUUGUAAAAAAUGUAUCGAAGUGGAAGGCAGUUUAUGAUGACUUGGAGCCACAUACAAAACCAUUACCGGGAAAUUGGAAUGAUAAGUUAACACGUUUCCAAAAAUUGUUAGUAGUUAGGAUUUUAAGGCCUGAUAAACUAACAAUAGCUAUAUCAGAAUUUGUUGAAAACGAGAUGGGCAAAAAAUACAUAACACCUCCACCUUUCGAUAUAGGAAAGUCGUUUGGAGACUCAAACUGCCUUGCACCUUUAAUAUUCAUCUUAUCUCCUGGGUCAGACCCAAUGGGCGCGUUAAUAAAGUAUUGUGAACGAAUGGGAUACGCUCAUAGGUUUAAUUCUAUAUCUUUGGGACAGGGACAGGGUCCAAUUGCACGGGCUAUGAUAGAAAUGGCUCAACUUGAAGGUGGCUGGGUGUGCUUACAAAACUGCCAUUUGGCUGUUUCUUGGCUCCCAGUUCUAGAGAAACUUGUAGAAGGAUUUGAUUUAACUAAUACUGAUUUGAAUUUUCGAUUAUGGUUAACAAGUUAUCCAUCGGAUAGAUUUCCACAGUCUGUUUUACAGGUAGGAGUAAAAAUGACAAAUGAGCCUCCCACAGGACUCCAACACAACUUAAACCGCUCUUAUAACUCGGAGCCUCUAAAAGAAACUGAGUUUUAUGAAGGAUGCCCUGGGAAGGAUAGGGAGUUCAGUAAACUCCUUUAUGGGAUCAGUUUCUUCCACGCUGUAGUGCAAGAAAGAAAAAAAUUUGGUCCUUUGGGAUGGAAUAUUCAAUAUGGUUUUAACGAUUCUGAUUUUCAAAUAUCAGUAAUGCAACUACAAAUGUUUUUGAAUCAAUAUGAGGAAAUCCAAUAUGUAGCCAUUAAAUAUUUGACAGGGGAAUGCAAUUACGGUGGCAGAGUAACUGAUGACUGGGAUCGCCGUUUAAUAGUUACAAUAUUAGAUAACUAUGUCAACCCUGGAGUAAUAAACGACCCAAACUUUUCUUUUUGUGAUGUUGGGCCUCAAUACGGGUUACCUCGAAGAUGUGAAUAUCAGGACUACCUCAAACAUAUAGAAACUGUGCCCGUUAAUCCUCCUCCUGAAGUAUUUGGACUACAUAUGAAUGCGGGGAUAACUCGUGAUUAUGCUGCGUCGAUGGAACUAACCGCGGCAUUGGUGCUUGUUGAGGGAGCAGGUUCUGGAGGUGAGAGUGGAAACACAGAAACUAUUCUUGUGCACAUGGCUUCAGAGAUUCUUUCUAAACUGCCUGAUUUAUUUGACGUCGAAAUUUCUCAGAAAAAAUAUCCAGUCGACUACAACGAAUCUAUGAACACCGUUUUAAUUCAAGAGAUGGAACGUUUCAAUAAACUACUACAUGAGAUCACGGUAUCUUUGAAAGACUUGCAGAAAGCUGUAAAAGGGUUGAUCGUAAUGUCUCCAGCAUUAGAUUUACAAUCUAAUGCAAUGUUAUUAGGCAGAAUACCUAAUAACUGGGCUAAAGUUUCGUAUCCUAGUUUAAAGCCCCUACCUAGUUAUGUAUCUGACUUUAUAGAACGCUUAAAUAUGUUAAGAGAUUGGUAUGAGAAUGGCAAACCGUCUACUUUUUGGCUUUCGGGAUUCUUUUUCACACAAGCUUUUCUUACUGGUUCAGUCCAAAAUUAUGCUAGAGCGAAACAAAUCCCUAUAGAUUUAUUGGUAUUUGAUUUUGAAGUUCGACAUGUGGAUUACGAAAACGUGCCAUGUCGGUGGGGAGUGUAUGUGCAGGGACUAUUUAUGGAUGGUGGACGCUGGGAUCGAAAGAGCUUUACUAUAGCUGAACAACUUCCAAAGAUACUAAACGACAUACUGCCGGUUAUAUGGCUCUAUCCUAAGUUAAAAUCAGAAUUUGCUGAAGGCUCAAGAUAUAAGUGUCCACUUUAUAAAACUUUAGAAAGAAAAGGUGUGUUAGCUACUACUGGUCACUCGUCUAAUUUUGUGCUGGCAUUUUAUUUACCAUCGAAUAAACCUUCAGCUCAUUGGAUUAAACGCAGCGUGGCUUUACUACUUCAGUUAGACAAUUAA